UUUGGAGUACCUGAAAACAACUCUGUGAAAGUGAAGUCAUGUGGCCUGUGCUCAUAUAGAGUCCAGCUGUCCUGCAGUGAGCAUCUGUAUAUGAUGAAGAGUUUUCAGCUUUCUUAUUUCCAGCUCCUGUGUCUUCUAACAGCAGCGUUAUUAGAAUGUAAAGCUGAAACAGAGAGACCCUGCAAGCAGGUUUAUCAGUUGAACAUAAGGCAUUUACACGGUGACAGCAUGUCUAUUUCUUGCCAAACAACACCCCACCCGCUGGAGUCUCUAACAGUCAAACUACGCAGUAUCAUCCCGCUUAAAGACAUCCUGAAUUAUCCAGACACCUCUUCAGCAUCAGAGCACCAGAGAUGGUCUGUGAGGAAUGAUGCUGGAAAUGUUACAUUUGAUCUGAAAGACAUCAGAUCAUCCGAUGGUGGCCUUUAUGACUGUCAGGUCUACAAGGAUCAGGACUGCCUUCAUUCAACUCGAUUUAACCUGAGUGUUAUAAUGUGUGAAACUUUGAACUCUGUCCAUGCAACGCUAAACUCGUCAGUGUUGCUGCCGUGCUCUGAACAUCCUCUACAAAACAGAACUGAACAAGUCACUUGGAAAGUUGUUAGUGGUCAUCAAUUAACGGAUGUAAACCAGUAUCGAGCUCCAUACAAGCCCUCCAGCAGCACAGAGAAACCACCGGACCCCCUGUAUGAGAGAGCGAGACAACUAAAGAACGGAUCUUUGCUUAUAAGGAAUGCAGUACACACUGAUGAAUUGUGGUAUCGGUGCAGAGUGAAUGGAAAAACCUGCUAUGAGAUUAAGCUGGUGAUGAAAGCUGAAACAGAGAGACCCUGCAAGCAGGUUUAUCAGUUGAACAUAAGCCAUUUACACGGUGACAGCAUGUCUAUUUCUUGCCAAACAACAACGCACCCACUGGAGUCUCUAACAGUCAAACUACGCAGUAUCAUCCCGCUUAAAGACAUCCUGAAUUAUCCAGACACCUCUUCAGCAUCAGAGCACCAGAGAUGGUCUGUGAGGAAUGAUGCUGGAAAUGUUAUAUUUGAUCUGAAAGACAUCAGAUCAUCCGAUGGUGGUUUUUAUGACUGUCAGGUCUACAAGGAUCAGGACUGCCUUCAUACAACUCGAUUUAACCUGAGUAUUAUAAUGUGUAAAACUUUGAACUCUGUCCAUGCAACGCUAAACUCGUCAGUGUUGCUGCCGUGCUCUGAACAUCCUCUACACAACAGAACUGAACAAGUCACUUGGAAAGUUGUUAGUGGUCAUCAAUCAACAGAUAUAAACCAGUAUCGAGCUCCAUACAAGCCCUCCAGCAGCACAGAGAAACCACCGGACCCCCUGUAUGAGAGAGCGAGACAACUAAAGAACGGAUCUUUGCUUGUAAGGAAUGCAGGACACACUGAUGAAUUGUUGUAUCGGUGCAGAGUGAAUGAAAAAACCUGCUAUGAGAUUAAGCUGGUGAUAAAAGAUGAUAAAACAUUUUAUUCAACAAUUCUGGAAACACUUUCCACAACAUUGUUAUCCACCACAGAUGCUCCAACCCCAGCUGCUGACAAUACGGCUGGCCAAACUGAAGGCAACAACCAUGAAGAGAGUGAAACAGUGACAGCUAAUCUGACAGUAGUAGUGAUGACCACAGUAGUGUCUCUGUGUGUCCUCAUAUCACUGACCAUUUGUGUCAUUCUUUAUUUCAAAAAACGAAGACGCAAAACCAACAGCCAAACUGAAUUGAACUGCUGGUCUACCAUAUAUUAUUCCAACAUUUCAGGAGGGGUUAAUGGUCUGUUCUAUUCUUUAGAUGAACAUAACACCUGAAUCAUCACCACCUUUGUUGUGAACAAACAGAAGCUCCAGCAUGUAAAGCAGAGGACAGAUAUUUAAUGUGCUUUUGUUGUUGUUGUUGUUUUUCUUUAAAUAAGGGAUGACUCUCAAUCUGGGGAAAACUCCUUAAUAUCAAAUUUCAUGCUGCUUCUAUAGCAAAAGUUCACUUUUUAAUUGAAUGAUGAUUUAUAGAACAGUUGGUUACUGUCAAAAGACAAAACGUAACGGGGUGUGAUGCAUUUUUAUACAGGACACACUGUAAGAGACACAAAUGGCAACUCUUCUGUAGAAUGACUCUUGGAUUUUCUUAUUUUUUUUCUGAACAUAUUCUUUGAUAUAAUGUUUGUAUUGCAAUAA